ACCACGAUGGAAACCCGACGCAGCGCUCUGAUCUUCUCCGUCGCCGUCCUCUCCUCGGCGCUGAUCUUCUUCAUCCAACCAAUCCCCGCCAUCGGAUACGCCGCCGAAGGCACCGGGGACCUCAAUUUUAUCAGCAGGAGCUGCAGGGCAACGAGGUAUCCCGUGGUCUGCUACGCCUCGCUCUCGCGCUACGCCAGGACCAUCCAGGGGAGCCCCUUCCAGCUGGCGCGCGCCGCUAUGGCCGUCUCCCUCUCCAAGGUCAGCAAGUUCAAGUCCCGCAUCUCCGGCUGCCUGGGUCAGGCGGAGUACGGCGGCGACAAACUCGCGGCUUCCGCCCUCCACGACUGUUUCACCAACCUGGAUAUGGCUGUGGACCAGAUUCAUGACUCAAUCAGGCAGAUGCGCACGGCGGCCAACAACACGGGGUCGGUCCCAGCCGGCGGGGGUUCGAGAGAGUCGUUCAAGUUCCAGAUGUCGAACGUGCAGACGUGGAUGAGCGCGGCGCUGACGUGUGAGGACACGUGUACGGACGGGUUCGAGGGCGUGGCGAAGGGGCCGUUGAAGACUGAGGUGAGCGAGGGGGUGGAGAAGGUGUCGCAGUACACCAGCAAUGCGCUUGCUUUGGUUAACAGUUACGUUGAUCAGGUGGUGGGAAAUGAGUACUGAAGGAUCCAACGUACGUGCAUGCAUGGUGAUUUGUGUGUUUAAUUUUGUAACCAAAUCAAGUGGUCUAUGCGUAGGUUGAUAAUAUAUAUAUAUAUAUAUAUAUAUAUAUAUAUAUUAAUCAAAUCCAAACACACUUUAGAGUUUGCUUAGUUAA